AUGUCUACUAAUCCUCCAGAUGAGGUCGCCGCUAGGAAGAGACGUGAACACUUGGCCAAACCCAUUCACAUACAUCAUGUCGAUAGUAAGGUUCUAGCUGUAUUGCCAAAGGACAUUUCGUUCGUUUCUGUUGAACCCUCCGGUGAGAGCGCAAGGUGUGAGAGCUUCCAUAUCAAGACAAAGUCAGCAGAUGGUACGGAGAAAGUCUACUUCAUCAAGACUAAAUCAGGCGAAGUAGGUAAACGCAUGAUGGAAGGUACCUACGAAUCAGAGCAACUCUACCACACCUACUGUACGGACCACGUUCUCCAACCCAUCGCAUGGGGGAAGUACGACGACGACCCAGAUACAUGGUUCUACCUCUGCAAAUUCCAUAACAUGAAACAAGAACGCUUACAUCCGAAGACCUUUGUCAACAUCAUAGCCAACGUGCAUAAAGCCAGCAUGGGAAAGUCGCCCAAUGGGAAGUACGGUUUCUACGUCCCAAUGCACCUCGCCCACGUGCCAAACGACAACACCUGGGCCGACUCAUGGGAAGUCUGGUAUACUCGAGCCAUGCAAACCAUGUAUGAUUUUGAAAAGAGCAGAUUCGGGGUAGACAAGGAGUUGGAAAUCAUCGUCAUACCGCGGCUCCUCCGCCCUCUAGAGACCGGUGGUUGCGAGAUUGUGCCUUGUCUCGUUCACUCGGACCUCUGGCCAGGGAAAUGCAUGAUGGGAGAAGGUACAGGCAAGAUCAUCAUAUUCGACUCGUGCGCAUUUUGGGGCCAUGGCGAGUGCGAUAUGGAGAGUUGGCGUGCGCAGCGGUACAAUAUGGGCAAGGACUUUUUCGAAGAGUAUAGGGAUACUGGGCUUAUUUCGGAACCGAAGAAUGACUGGGAUGAUCGUAACAGGCUCUAUGCGAUUGCUAAGCAGGAGAUGAAGGUUCUCGUCGACAAGUAUCCUGAUGGUUCUGUGGAAAAACGCACACCACGCGUUGAUUGA